AUGUUUUUUCGCAAACCAAGUAUUGCUUCUAUUGCCACGUACACCACCGUCGAUCGCACGAUCAAGCUUGUCGAUGAGGUGCCUGUGAACCGCAAACUCAGACUAAAGUCGAGCUUUGCUACUCAGCAGGAUACUGAGUAUGACAAUGUGUUCGUCAUUGAUGAGUCUGACUCCACCGGCUGGAUCUCCUGGUUAUGGAGGCUAUUGGGGUGGGACAAGAAAGAGGAGAAGGUGGUUGACUUGUUUGAUGUGUCAUUCGACUCAGAUCGUUUCGAAUUUAAUUAA